CAGUGCUCCACACGCGCAAGUGCAGUCCAGUGGCAUGUCGUUGCUUGAAGGUUGACAGGCAUUUACAAAGGGUUUGUGUCCAGAAUAGGCCCGUGGCUACCCGGCGGACGACAUCGACUCGAGGCUGGAGUAAGCAGCCAAUCGGAGAUGGAGGGUUACAAGGAGAUCACUUCAGCGAUCGAGGGACGUCUCUUUCUCUCGACGCAAAAGGUGCACGCGGCGCAGGAGGGCAACGAGGCUUACUUCCAGUCUCGCCCUGUAUCCUUACCCACGGCGGAUUCCUGGUUGUCACCAUUUGCCAACCCGAUCAGCUUCUCGGCAAAGACCAAAUCCAACGAUACAAAGACCGAGGGAAAGGUGGGUGGUGGUGGCGGUGCCAGAGAGAGCUCGCGUCGUGUCCACCUGAAGAGCUCAGGCAAAUCUCUGCCCAAGAAUCACGAGCAGAACGUGGAACACAUUGAGUCCGCCCGAAACGAUGCUUUCAGCGUGGCCUUCGACCUCGCCGAGCCGGUGUUGUACUUGCAAGGAUUUGAUUUUCCACACAACCUGGAGCAUACAUCCGCGGUGCUGAGAGGGGUGGUGCGGUUGAAGGUCGUGCGGGAGACGACACUUGGUAGGCUGUCGCUCGUUUUCCAAGGAGUCAGCCAGACCAUCUGGCCCGAGUCGUGGAGAGUGAGACAUCUGAAAAAGGUGUAUGACGAGAGCAUUGUCAAGCACGCGUGGGACUUCCUCGACAAAGAUAAUAACUCCCAGCACCCCGGGCGGACAUUCAAUCCCGGAGUGUAUAGCUACAAUUUCGAACUGCCGCUGGCAUCUUCGUUUCCGGAAACCAUUGAGCUGCCUAUGGGCAAGGUGUUCUACAACUUGACGGUUACCGCCGCAGAGUCGGGCCGCUCUUCGAACUCUGCCACCUUCAAGCAACCGGUGCUGCUGGUGCGCAUUCCGUGUGUGUGUUCGCUCGAAAUGACCGAGCCUUACGAAGUCCACGGCAUCUUACAGGGACUGGGGUACAGUUUCUCCCUUGCGGCCAAAUCCUGUCCCGUCGGCGGGCAGCUCCCCUUCAAAAUGAAGAUCUCGACCCAGACAGACCGCUUCUGGCAGCAGAUCACCGUGUCCAUGGUCGAGGAGGUGCAAUAUCAGACACGCGAUGCUCUGGCGCAUCGAGAACAGUCGCGGUCGAAGGCAGUCCUCCACACCAAGCGAGUCAAACGGGAUCCCCUCCACCAGCGAGCCUUCCGGCGCAUCAGUGCCGUCGGUGAGAACAUGGCGGUGUCCUACGCGAGCGGCACGGUUAUCGAGAAAGAGGUGCGGCGGAGCAGUCGGUCCAUGUCCGUGCACGAAGAGAGUGAAAGCAAUUAUCUCAACGAGACCGCCGUCCUCCAAAUGCCGUCAUGCUCGCGCAUUCAAGCGGACACGGCCUACAGGUGUCUGUAUGUCCGACAUUACCUGCUGAUAACCAUCUCCGCCUUUGUCGAGGUGACCGAGAGCAGCCGGAAACACUUCGAGAUCCGGGUGCGGAUGCCCAUCCAGCUCCUGACUUGCAGAUGGCUGGAUGGAAGCGCCACGCUGCCCAAGUAUUCGGAAGAUCCCGAGCAGCUUUCGCUCGAAGGACCUCUGAAUCUGUGUCGAUGCACCAGCGGGUCCUCCCAAAGGCGGAGUAGUCCCGGCGACAGGACGAUUGUCCAUAGAGAAGAAUAG